UAAAAUAUGAAUUGUGUCUAUGUACUGUUUUUAUCAUCUUCUAUAACACACUUAUUCCACGAUAUGUUUUUAAUAUAACGUAUAACGAUACUCUUAUAUUUCGUGUAUCUAUAGUGUAUCUAUAGUCUCAUCAAUUUUUCACCGCGUAAUAAUAGAAAAUUAUUAAAUGAUGGAAAUUAUUAAAUUACAUUUACCCUCUUAUAUUGUCUUAAUAAUAGUGUAUAGAUGUAGAAGAAAUUUUAUAAAAAUGAAGACAUUCAGUGUACUUGCCGCAAGAUCAGUCAGUUGUUUCGUUGUCAAAACUAUUCCAUUCGCGGUGCGACAUGGUAUUUGCAGGUGAACGCUGUUUUAUGCUUCAUCGAAUUCUGCUCAUCGCUAUGGGAUUAUGGCCAUAUCAGAAACCACUUAUUUGGAAAAUACAAGCAGUUUUUUUCUUCAGUGCAUACUGCUCCAUUUUAUUUUCUCAGUUGCUGAUGUUUGCAACGAUAGCGUGUAACAUAGACUGUACCUUAAAAAGAUUUUCUUAUGUUUGCAUUACUAUUGCUUGUAUCAUGAGUUACUACUCUUUCUAUUUCAAUUCUGAAAUUGUAAAGAAAGCGUUGCAACAUAUGCAGCUCGACUGGAAAAUGUUUGAAAAUAGUGAUGCAAUGAAAAUAUUUGAAGAAUAUCUCUUUGAAUCUUAUAUUUUUAUGAUAUCUGCGAAUAUUCUUGGUGCAGUGAGUGGAGUUUUCUUUAUGACUAUUGAAUGUAGAUCUAUCAUUCUUGAUGUUAUCGUACCAAUUAAUAAAUCCCGACCACGUAAAGUUGAAAUGGAUCUCGAACUUUUCGUCGAUGAAGAACAAUAUUUCUUUUUAUAUUUAGCGCAGGAGUUACUAGGAAUAGGAAUCAGUGCUUGGUCGCUGGUUACGACUGGAACCUUCCUAAUUACAAUAGUGAAACAUUUAUGUGCAACAUAUAAAAUUGUUAGUUAUUUAAUCCAAAAUACAGUAACUAUCCAUACGCUACAACUUCCUAUUGUUCAAAGAAUACAAUACAUGCAGCGGAAUAUUUGUCUUUCAGUUUACAUUCAUAGAAGAACAUUGGAGUUCUGCAAAUGCUUGUUACUUUCGUUUGAAAUGUGGUAUUUUCCAUUACUUGUAAUUUGCAUAUUGUCUUUAAGUUGUCUUCUAUUUCGCUUAUACAAUGCUAUAAUGCAGUUCAAUGACUUACAUGAUAUUUUAAUGUCCUGUGUAUUUUUGUUGUGUUAUCUCAUAUAUAUGCUUAUGUCAAAUUUUCUUGGACAAUCUUAUACCGAACACAGUGUAAAAAUAUUAGAAUCUACGUAUGAUACUCUUUGGUAUAUAGCGCCACUACCGAUUCAGAAAUUAUUUUUGAUUAUGCACAAAUCUAUAAAGAGUCAUAAAGUGGUGUUGGGUAGUCUUUUCGUUGCGUCCAUAGAAGGAUUUUCUACGGUAAUAAAUUACGUAUUACUAACAUAUAUAGUAACUUCAAUGAAUAUAUUUAGCAGUUGAAGAAGCUUGCUGAUAAAUAUUUAAUACUUAUUGUCCAUGUGAACAAUUCUUGUUUCAGCUUAUUACUACGGCUGUAUCAUAUUUCACUUUUAUGCGUGCUGUGCGUACAUAAUUACGAAGUGAUAACAACAUGGCGAAGAAGAUUUCUUGACAGUAACGUUUAUGUUCGUAAAAAUAAUUGUUCUUACGAAUAUAAUUAAUGAAACUUUUCUAGGACUAAGAGCUACUUGUGUUAUACGAUAUUACAAAUAUGAGUAACUGGCACAUUGGCACGUUUCGACUAUUUCGGGCAACAUUAUUUAAUUAUAUUUAUAUUAAUAGUAUAAAUAUUAUAUUAAUUUAUGUACCUAUUUUUUGGGGAAUAUCAUUUGCUAAGUAUUAUAUUAUAAAGUAUUAUUAUUAUGUUGUAUUGUAACAAAAGUUUGUAGCGUUGUUUUGGUGAAAUUCCAAAGUAAUUAUGUGUAUAAAUAUUCAUUCAAUCACA